GUGACGUAGCAGUGGUGACCAACUGACCAUGGGUGUUGACGGUUGCAAUGGCGCGUAACGGCGUAGGAAGGACCGGCGGGAGGGCGCGUUUUCAGCUUGGGGAAUAGUCACUGGUCGCCGCCCGCUAUGGCGGUAUGGUGGGGCAGGGUGAAAUCAUAGCUCGUGUGGGCAGCCGCUUCAGUUGCAAUCAGUGUCGAGGGGAAGGGGGUGGUUGUGUAUUGCUGAACGGUGACGGAUUUAACGGUAAUGAUCCGCUUCGCGCUGCGUAAGGAUCUCGGACCCAGAGCCAAAGUCACGGCCCAAGAUGAGUUGCUUCCAUAAGGGUAAUAAAACUGGACCAGAGGUAAACCAUCGUAUUCAAAGACACUACACCCCCGGGCGCCCAAAGGUCAAUGGUUGGAGCUGGCCACCACAUCCAUAUCAGAUAUUAUCUUGGAUAGCCUACUUAUACUUCCUUAUCAUUGUAGUGGGUAUAUUUAUCCCUCUUCUCCCAUUGAGUUGGAUACCUGCUGGCUACAUUUGGCUUGGUGUUGUUUUUACUUGGCAUUUAGCUUUUUACGUGAUUUCAGCCACCAUCGACCCAGCAGAGGAUAGCAUUCGGGACAAGGGAUAUAAAAAAUUACCCCCGGUGUUCAACCGCAAAACACGUAAAACUUGUAUCCGGAAUCGUUACUGCCGGCAUUGUGAAGUUCAUGUGGCUAAAAGUUCCAAGCACUGCACUAAAUGCAACAAGUGUGUAUUUAAUUUUGAUCACCAUUGUAAGUUGCUCAACAAUUGUGUAGGAGGCAGAAAUUACCGGUACUUCCUGGGAUGUGUUAUCUCUGCUGUCCUUGGUAAUCUGAUAAUCAUCACCAUAUCAGGCUUUGUCUUUGUUGGAUUCUUUAUCAAUCCAAAACUGCUUCGAAGCAGCCCAGAAUUUGGAUUGGUAAAUGAUGCAAAUACCUGGCUUGUAUUUCUGCCAUACUUUUCGGUUCAUACAAACAUAACUACCAUUCUUGUUCUCGCUGUGGUCACUAUUGGACUAAGUCUGACUGCAUUGAUACUUUUGUGCCUGCUUCUGUUCUUCCACUUCUAUCUCAUGUGGAAACGACUAAGCACUCAUGAAUACACAGUUUUACGCCGUCAACGGCAAAUGUCGAAAGUCUCACCACAAAAUGAUGAUGAUAUAGAAGCUUUACAAUUGAAGGCCAAUCAGAAUACAGAAAACGUGGCAUCUCAUCCAAAGGGUAAUACUCAUGUUCACUUUGAAAGCACCUCAACAAAUGGGUCAACAUCAAGGUCUCAUCAGGAUGCUUUCAGGAUAGAGGAUGAAAGUUUGCCAACAGUUCCUUCUGAUCACAAUCAAGCCAGGAUAAAGAAGAUUUCGCAGAAAAAACAAAGACGUAAAAUGUCUGCAGGUAGAAUUAAACACAAGGCUGCCACUAAAAGACCACUUCAACCUUCUCAACUACCACCAGCUCUUGUUGCUGCUUUUCGGAGUCCAGUGCUGUCUCUCCAAGCCUUCCCAUCUCCUUUAUCAAUGAGCACAGUUCGCUCCGUGCGGGCUGCAGGACCUCCAGCUGAGUACCAUUCAGAUUCUGCAGAGUCCAUGAAUGAAAUCCCGGUGGUCCAGACAAGACUCGGUAGUGCAGCAGCAGCCAUGCAGACCAGCACAACUUUCCACAGCACAGAGGACUCCUUUGGAAAUUCUCUUCCGACUGCGAUUUCCGAAGAGUGCCAUAACAAAGGACCAGACCAGCCAACUACAAGCAAAAAAUCGAAGGUCUUGGAUCCAAGCGUUGAACAGUUUUACAGGGAUCCGCCUGUAAAUGAAAGGGAAUGACAAGAACAAGAGUGCUGAAAUGCCUCUUCCCGAAUAAAGAUAGAGCCUAAACCUUGAUCUGUGCACUGGAGACUGUCCAGAUUCUUUCCCCAUGUCAAGGAUAACUUGGACGAAAAAGUACACACAGCAUCUGAAUGAGUUUCAUGUUUAAUUGAUUCCAAGGUACGCAUGUUAAGGCUGGGUCCCAGUGUUGGUUAUCACUCCUAAAGAGAUGUAAUAUAUUUCAUUCUGGUAUUUUUGUAUGAAUGCUAUUUAUCUCUUAGCAUAUAUCUAUAUACAUUAUGAGGCCAUUUCUUAAAUGGAACCACUUCUCAGGGACAGGUUCAGUGUGACGAUUGUUAAGUAUCACAUCAGUUGUUUUUGUACAUUCUAUUUACCCUCCAAUUAACAAAUUGUUCAUUGUGACAAUCUAAGGGGGAGAAAACACUAUUUAACAGCUUCUUUUAAACACUUUUCCUAAAACCAUAGAUAGCAUUUAUUUUGUGUGGCCUUGGCAAUCUUUUAUUGGCAAUGUGACAUUGCUCUUGUUUUAUUAAAGUUUUAUUUCUGUGUUAUUUAAUAGUUAAACUCUUAAGUGCCAAAAGUAUUAUAGAUUUAAUUUUAUUUUUUAAUAUUACAACAUUGUUUCUGUACUAAAAUAAAUUGUUUU